AUGACAAGGCUUGGUCUGGCAGCAAUUGUUCUGGACUCCUCGCGCUUCGAGCUCUUGCUGCUAUCGCAAGGCUCCAGCCGCUUGGACCCGGCCAUUGCAGCCAGCAGAAUGGCCCAGCUUGGAGCGCGGCUGCCGAUCCUGGACUCUGCGAGUGUCGGCCCAUCCUUUCUGCCGCAUGGUCAUUCAAGGCUAGGGCUCGCAGCACUUGCUUUUGAUGUGACGCUGCUUGAUCUGUCAUCAUCCCCACGGAGUGCGCAUUGCCUUGGCUUGCUGCUGGCUGCGUGUGGUAUGUCACGCUUGGGUACACCACUGCCGGCACCGGGCCGUACAACUCCGGGGCCGCUUCUGUCAUUGCACAGCCCGGCACGCAUGGAUCCAGCGGCUUUUGUUCUAGGUUUUGCCAAUCUCGGCUCUGCGCUGGUGGCGAGGGCAUCCUCACAGCCCGAGUUGCUGCUUCUGACAAGAAGCCCUGUAUAA